AUCACAUAUUUGCCAAUCAAGGCAAAAGUGAACACCCCCUCUCUUCCCUCAUCAUUUGAGUUCGGCCAGCACCAAGGGUAGGAGGAGAAAAAGCUCUGAAACUUCAUCUUCCAUAGCCAAUAUUCGAGCUCAACCUAAAGUGGUCCAAGGAGGAAGAUUAAAGAGAGAAAAAGUUGGGAAAAGUGUGAAUAAUUAAGGUAAUGACCUUAUUAUACCUUUUCCUCUAUUUUUCUUUUACAAUAUGAGAUAUAUAUCAUAUGAGGGAUCCUUAGUAUGGUUUCACAUGUUAUAAGUAUGGAUUUAUGGGAUGGAAAAUGGUUCUACGUCCAAAAACGGACUUAGAAGCCAAAACGACCGGUUUACCGGGAAAUAACCUUUUUGAGGUUAUUUGUAUUAAUAUGGGUUUUAUGAUUAUAAAACCUUGUUAGGCACUUGUAAAGGGUAUUUCAAGUGGUUUCACAAAGUUGGAAAAGUCGCCGGAGUUGUCGCCGGAGUUGACCAAAAGUCGCCGGAGUUUCACCGGAGUUCAACCAAGAAGGGUAGAACUUCAUAACGCUAGUUCAAGGUUGAAGCUAGGGCUUGUUACUUGCACCUUCUCACGGGUGAUAUCAAAUCAGGAAGACGUGGUUCGUGCUUCCUUAUUUUCUUUCAAACUACCGAACACUUGCUCAUGGGUAUUUGUUUUACUAUAAACACUUUUUGGGCUUGCAUGCCCAUGUUGUUGGCCGGUUGUGGCUCAUGACUUACCGUUGAAUAUUUCCGCUAUUCAUUGGUUUAAAUGUGAUGUUGUUAUGUAUGUUUACUACUGAGUAUGGAUGAAUUGUUUUCUCGAACGCCUUGUGUAAUUAAGUGAGGUUGACUCGUGGGUGACGUCACUUAGUUAUACGGCGGUUGUACACGCGCUUGGAUCGCGGUCUGGGGCGUGACACAUGGCAUGUUGAGCACGAAACCAACGAGGGUAUGAUGGCUCACCCUUCGGACUGUGAAGCCUGGAGACACUUUGACCGCUGUCAUCCUCAGUUUGCUAUGGAGCCACGAAAUGUGCGGCUGGAAUUGUGCUCAGAUGGAUUUGCUCCUUUUGGCAGGUUUGGCAAGAACUAUUCAUGUUGGCCGGUCAUGUUAACUCCUUACAAUCUCCCUCCCGACAUGUGCAUGAAAAGUCAUUUCAUAUUUUUGUCUUUAAUUUGUCCGGGUUCCAAGGAUCCUGGGCGAAAGAUAGACAUUUAUCUCCAACCCCUUGUCGAGGAGAUGAAAGAACUGUGGGCCGUUGGGACACCAACUUAUGAUGUUUCAUCAGAUAAAAUGUUUAUCAUGAAAGCUGCCAUCAUUUGGACCAUUAGCGACUUCCCUGCCUAUGGCAUGCUUUCGGGAUGGAGCACACAUGGUUUGAUGAGAUGUCCGAUAUGUAUGGAGAAAUCAGGUGCCAACUGGCUUAGUUACAGCAAAAAAGGAAGUUACUUUGAUUGUCACCGCAAGUUUCUCCCGGAAAGGCACCGAUAUCGAAAGGACAAGAAGUCUUUCAUUAGAGGCAGAGCGGUACGAGAGAGCCCACCCCCGAGAUUGACCGGUGAAGAAAUUUAUAACCGGGUUCGACGUUUUCCUACGGCUAUGGAAGAGCCAAACCAAGAGCCAUAUGGGUAUUGUGAUACCCAUAAGUGGACAAAGAGGAGCAUAUUCUGGGAGUUGCCUUAUUGGAAAGACCUUCUCAUCCGUCACAAUUUAGAUGUCAUGCACACUGAGAAGAACGUCUUUGACAAUAUAUUUAACACAGUGAUGGAUUUGAAAGGCAAAACUAAAGACGAUCUUGCAGCUAGGAAAGAUAUGACUAUUUGGUGUGAUAGACCCGAACUUUCUGUUGAUCUAGAAUAUCAGGGCAAGGAAGUUCCAAAAGCAGUCUACCAGGUCACAGAACCACAAAAGGCAGCAAUAUUACAAUGGCUUGCGUCUCAGAAGUUUCCAGAUGGCUACUGCUCCAACUUGUCUAGAUGCGUAGACAUGAACAAACUUACCACGACGACGAGCAUGAAAACUCACGAUGCUCAUGUAAUAAUGCAAAGACUUCUACCAAUUGCACUAAAAGAGAUGCUUCCUGAACACGUAUGGUCCUGCAUUACUGAAAUCAGUUUGUUGUUUCAAUCGAUAUGUUCCAGCGUUUUGGAUGCGGCAUCCCUCCGGAGACUACAAGAUUCUGUUCCCAUUCUGAUGUGUAAUCUAGAAAAAAUAAUGCCUCCAUCGUUUUUCGAUACAAUGGAACAUCUUAUAAUACAUCUUCCGUAUGAGGCUUUGACUGCUGGGCCCGUCUUCUAUCGCUGGAUGUACAGAUUUGAAAGAUUUCUAGGAGAGCUAAAAAAGAAAGUGACCAACAAGGCACACGUUGAGGCUUCAAUUUGUCAAGCGUAUCUUCAACAAGAAAUCUCAACGUUCUCGUCUUUUUACUUCGAGCGUGACGUCAUCACCAGAAGGAAGAGACCUGCCCGGAACGAUGACAUUGGCGAGGAUUUAUAUGAAAAUGUAGUUCCCAUCUUCAAUUACCCAGGCAGAGGUAAAGGUGCUGCGACACAACGAUACAUCGUGGGUGGGGAAUUGCAAAUUGCACAUACUUAUAUCCUCAUGAAUUGUCCAGAAAUCUCACCGUUUUAUCAUGAAUUCAGAGCUUCUUUAUCAGCCUUUCCUGAGAAUCAAAUUGAUGCAUUGGUAGACUCUGAUUUUGUAAAUUGGUACAAGUAUCAGAUCAAUAGUCGUGGGAUUGUCGACCCUUUGUUAGUAUCAUUAGCGUGGGGCCCUAGUGCCAGUGCCAAAGUGUGGCGGCAAUAUGUGAUAAACGGUUACACAUAUCACACAGCCGAUUACGGAGAGGGCCGACCAACAACGAACAGCGGGUUAUGUGUCCCGACCAUCGGUUAUGAUAACUCGGAAACCAAUUUUUUUGGUGUCCUGCAGGAGAUUCUGGAACUUGAGAUGCCUUCUGGUGCGAAAAAAUUGACAUGCGUUCUGUUUCGUUGCACAUGGGUCGACCCCACACGUGGCGUGCGCAAAAAUCCGAAGUAUAAUAUGAUUGACGUCAACCAGUCUCGUGUGUACCCGAAAAAUGAGCCUUUCAUACUCGCCCAACAAGCAGCGCAGAUUUAUUAUGCAGAAUAUC